CUCUCUAGACCCUCACUCUCCCUCACUAUAAAACUCCCCAAAUCUCACCCCAUCUUCUCCACACCAACAUCAAAAGCAAGCAAGCAAGCAAGCAAUCAAACAAACCUCUCUGCAGAACUCUCUCAUCCUCAUUCAGCUCUAAUGGAAGACGACUUCGAUUUCCCCACCGGCGCCGACCCCGAGGAAAUGGACAUGGACAUCCCCGAGGAAGAAGAAGACGACGCCAUCAGCCCCGGCCUAAUGAAGGUUGGCGACGAGAAGGAGAUUGGGAAGAACGGGCUGAAGAAGAAGCUUCUCAAACAAGGAGAGGGCUGGGAGACGCCUGGCUCCGGCGACGAGGUCCAAGUUCAUUAUACUGGGACUUUGGUUGAUGGGACUAAGUUUGAUUCCAGCCGUGAUCGUGGGACGCCUUUCAAGUUCAGUCUUGGUCAAGGACAAGUGAUCAAGGGAUGGGAUGAGGGUAUUAAGACCAUGAAGAAGGGUGAAAAUGCAAUUUUCACCAUACCACCUGAGUUGGCAUAUGGCGAGUCUGGAUCCCCUCCUGCCAUUCCUCCCAAUGCCACACUUCAGUUUGAUGUGGAGUUGCUAUCCUGGACUAGUGUCAAGGACAUUUGCAAGGAUGGAGGGGUUAUUAAGAAGAUUGUUACUGAAGGGGAGAAAUGGGAGAACCCAAAAGACCUCGAUGAAGUAUUUGUCAAGUAUGAGGCUAGACUUGAAGAUGGCACCCUCGUAUCGAAAUCUGAUGGGGUGGAGUUUACUGUUGAAGAUGGCUAUUUCUGCCCAGCCUUGGCAAAAGCUGUGAAAACAAUGAAGAAAAAUGGAAAGGUCCAUUUGACUGUAAAACCACAAUAUGGAUUUGGUGAGGCUGGAAGACCAGCUGCUGGUGAUGAAGGCGCAGUGCCUCCGAAUGCCACUCUGGUCAUAACGUUAGAGUUGGUUUCUUGGAAGACAGUUUCAGAUGUUACCAAGGACAAGAAAGUCUUGAAAAAGGCCUUGAAGGAGGGAGAGGGUUAUGAGCGCCCUAAUGAUGGGGCUGUGGUUCAAGUGAAACUGGUUGGGAAGUUGCAAGAUGGCACAGUCUUUAUGAAGAAGGGACAUGAUAAUGAGCCUUUUGAGUUCAAGACAGAUGAAGAGCAAGUGAUUGAUGGGCUCGACAGAGCGGUGAAGAGCAUGAAGAAAGGGGAAGUGGCUCUGGUAACCAUCCAACCAGAAUAUGCUUUUGGGUCAUCUGAGUCUGUGCAAGAAUUGGCAGUUGUUCCUGGAAAUUCAACUGUUUAUUACGAGGUGGAGUUGAUCUCCUUUGUCAAGGAGAAGGAAUCUUGGGACAUGAACACACAGGAAAAAAUUGAAGCAGCUGGCAAGAAGAAGGAAGAAGGCAAUGCACUCUUUAAGGCUGCUAAAUUCGAGAGAGCUUCAAAGAGAUAUGAGAAGGCUGUGAAAUUCGUAGAAUAUGACUCGAGCUUUGGUGAUGAUGAGAAGCAGCAGGCAAAGGUACUCAAGAUUACCUGCAACUUAAAUGAUGCCGCGUGCAAGCUCAAACUUAAACAGUACAAACAGGCAGAGAAGCUGUGUACAAAGGUCCUGGAACUUGAUAGCCGGAAUGUGAAAGCUUUGUACAGGAGGGCACAAGCAUAUAUCCAGCUUGUUGAUCUGGACCUGGCAGAGUUGGACAUCAAAAAGGCCCUUGAGGUCGACCCCAACAACAAAGAUGUGAAAUUGGAGUACAAGCUUCUGAAGGAGAAAGUUAGAGAGUACAACAAGAAGGAUGCACAGUUUUAUGGCAACAUAUUUGCAAAAAUGAGCAGACACGACCCAGUUCCAAUGACAAUUGAUAGCAAGGCAUGACCAUUUUAUAGUACAAUUAGAGGCCUUGUGUUAUAUUGCGUGUGUGUGUGUGUGUAAGCCUCAGACGUCUGGGA